AUGGUCAUUCUUGCCAUUGAAUAUAAUAAAGCUGNUUCUGGCUUCAAAUGUGAAGCUUCUCGAGAAACUGCUGUUGUUAUCAUGAACCAUGUCAGCCUCGUUGAGAUUCUCAUGGAUGUUAACCAAUGGUCAACAGUGUUCUCUGGUAUAGUCUCAAGAGCCAUGACUCUGGAAGUGCUAUCCACAGGAGUGGCUGGGAACUACAACGGUGCCUUACAAGUGAUGACAGCAGAAUUGCAACUACCUACCCCUCUUGUGCCAACUCGUGAGAGUUAUUUUGUAAGGUAUUGUAAGCAACAUUCGGAUGGAACUUGGGCAGUGGUGGAUGUGUCUCUGGAUAAUUUGCGCCCUAGUCCUUCAGCCAGAUGUAGGAGAAGACCUUCUGGUUGCUUAAUUCAGGAAAUGCCAAAUGGCUAUUCAAAGGUCACGUGGGUCGAGCAUGUUGAAGUGGAUGACAGAGGUGUUCAUAAUCUUUACAAACAGCUUGUUAGCUCUGGACAUGCAUUUGGUGCCAAACGUUGGGUUGCAACCUUGGAUAGACAGUGUGAAAGACUUGCCAGUGCUAUGGCAACAAAUAUUCCCACAGUUGAUGUUGGUGUGAUAACAAACCAAGAGGGGAGAAAGAGUAUGAUGAAACUGGCUGAAAGGAUGGUGAUAAGCUUUUGUGCUGGAGUGAGUGCUUCCACUGCUCACACAUGGACAACACUGUCUGGAACAGGUGCCGAUGAUGUAAGGGUGAUGACCCGAAAGAGUGUGGAUGAUCCUGGAAGACCUCCUGGCAUUGUUCUCAGUGCAGCCACUUCUUUUUGGCUUCCAGUUCCACCUAAACGAGUUUUUGACUUUCUCCGUGAUGAGAACUCUAGGAAUGAGUGGGACAUUCUUUCCAAUGGUGGAGUUGUGCAAGAAAUGGCACACAUUGCAAAUGGACGAGAUACUGGAAACUGUGUGUCUCUACUUCGAGUAAAUAGUGCAAAUUCAAGUCAGAGUAACAUGUUGAUACUGCAAGAGAGUUGCACCGAUUCAACAGGGUCUUUUGUGAUAUAUGCUCCAGUAGAUAUUGUUGCAAUGAAUGUAGUUCUAAACGGAGGAGAUCCAGAUUAUGUGGCACUUCUUCCUUCAGGGUUUGCAAUUCUCCCAGAUGGAACUAUAUCUCACGAAACUGGACCUGGUGGAUCUCUUUUAACUGUUGCGUUUCAAAUACUGGUUGAUUCGGUUCCAACUGCUAAGCUUUCUCUUGGAUCUGUUGCCACUGUCAACAAUCUCAUUGCAUGCACUGUUGAGAGAAUCAAAGCAUCUUUGUCUGGUGAAACUGCUUGAUGAGAGCUUCUACACUUUGGAUUGUGCAAUGUUGCAGGUUACAAGGAUGAGAGAGUGAAGAUGGUGUGUUGUGGAAAAUGAAAAGGUGGUGAGGAAUUUCGGCUGAAAGAUGGGGAGAAGUCAAGAGCGCACCUUGCAUGGUUCCUUCUCAGUACCCGAAAAGUGCUAUGAGAGGAUUAAGGUUCGGGAAUUGACUUCCCUAUAUAUAGUUAAGGUUAAGAGCUCGUAAUAUUAAGACCUUGCUACCCUACCAUUUACCAUUUCCAAGACUAAAAUAUGUAGCUAGAUAGCUAGGAUUAACCUUUUGAGUAACUAGGGUUUAUCUUUAAUGUAAACUCUUAUCUUCUUUUCAAUUCUGAUUUUGUGUGAUUUAGAAGUA